ACUUUCCCUGGUGUAAUAGGGGCAAUUGAUUGUUGUCAUGUAGCAAUUGUAUCACCAUCUGUAGAGGAUAUCAAUUAUCCAGAACAUAUAUAUGUUAAUAGAAAAGGAUAUCACUCUCUUAAUGUUCAAUUGAUAUGUGAUGCAAACAUGUACAUAAUGAAUGUAAAUGCUCGUUUUCCUGGUAGUGUCCAUGAUGCAUUUAUAUGGAAAAAUUCCAAUGUUAGAAAAGCCUUUCAGAGAUGGCAUAACUGCAACAGAAAUGCACAUACUUGGCUUUUAGGUGACAGUGGAUACCCUUUGGAGCCGUGGUUGUUGACUCCACUUCGUACAACCAAUACUCGAGCUGAAGUAAAAUAUAAUAAUUGUCUCACUGCAACUCGAAGUAUAAUAGAACAAUGUAAUGGACUCUUGAAAAAUAGAUGGAGAUGUUUGUUGAAACAUAGGGUCUUACACUAUCAUCCAGAGACAGCUUCAAAUGUUAUAAUUGCAUGUGUUGUGCUUCACAACAUUUCCAUUAAAAAUAAUAUUGCUUUGGAGGAUGAUGAUAUAUUGCAACCAGAAGACCAGUUACCGCAGAUCAUACCAUCAACAGAAUUUGAAAAUACAUCAAAUGAUAUACUUUUUAAUGAAACUAGAAGGAUUCAACAACAACUAAUAAGCUUGUGUUUUUCUUAAAAAUAAUUUUAAUGAUAUAUAUAUCAUUAAAAAAUUGUAUGUAUAUAUUGGAUAUACUAAUAAAUUGUGUGUGUAUAUAUAUAUACAUGUCUGUUAAGAGCCUGCCUUUUUCAAGAAUAUUCAGAUAUAAAGA